UCAGUGGGAAGAGGCGCAAGCAGACACAUUCCUCUGCAGUUUGCAUCUGAAGCAGCACUGAGGAGGAUGGAUUGUUCAGAGGAGCUUCAGUCUGUGUCCGAGGAGCCCUGCACUCAGCUGGAGCUGAAAAAAGGAAUGUCCAUUUUUAUUGACAUUUUGCGGAAGGCCGAUAAAAACGAUGAUGGGAAGUUGUCCUUUGAUGAAUUCAAAUCCUACUUCUCUGAUGGAGUCCUGACAGCCGAGGAACUGAAGGAGCUUUUCCACACGAUUGAUACUCAUAACACAGACAAUGUGGACACGGAUGAACUCUGUGAGUAUUUCUCCCAGCACCUUGGUGAAUAUGAGAACGUUCUUGCAGCUUUGGAAGAACUGAAUAUGUCCAUACUGAAAGCAAUGGACAAAACAAAGAAGGAUUAUCAGGAGUCCACCCACCUGGAGCAGUUUGUGACCCGCUUCUUGCUGAAGGAGACGACCAAUCAGCUUCAUUCGCUUCAAAGCUCGCUUGAGUGCGCCAUGGAAACAACAGCCGAGCAGACCCGCCAGGAGAAACAGGGCCCCGUGAAGCCAGAGGUUCUGUCCAUCCAGCUUUCGGGUCGUCGCUCCAAUCGGAGGCUCCAGAGAAACAACAGCCUCUCCCCCAACAACCCUCUCCUCAGUCUUGUCAAUUCAGGUGUUUACGAUGAAGAUUGUCAGUGGACGGUUCAGGUCAACAGGCUGCAGAAGCUGAUCGACCGUCUUGAACAAAAGGGGAUUCGCAUGGAGCCCGUUGAGGAGGAGGUCUUGGAGAGCAAGUCGCACAUCCUAAUAGUCCAGAGGCAGCUGUCAGUGCUGGAGGAGGAGCUGGAGGAGUUUCGAUUGGCUCUCAGGCAGUACAUGGAUUGUGCCUGUGCCCAGACAGGAUGCUUACACAUCGCAGUUCAGCGGCUGGCAAAUGAAUCACGCUUCAUUCUCUACGAGUUCUGGGAACACAACAACGUGUGGAAGAACCACCUGCAGACUAACUACAGUAAAACCUUCCAGAGGGGGAACGUAGACUUCCUGGAAACUCCUGAGAGCAUUACUACCAUGCUUGUUCCUGCUUCUUGGUGGGUCCUCAACAACAACUGAAGAUUUCCCACCAACAUCCACUGAUCAUCACCAGACGGUGUGAGGAGCAAACAGACACCUGUCAACACAUCACCAGUCCACAGAAACACCUCACUCUCCUUGAAGCAACAUUACUUGUGAAGCCAUGGUGAUUAGUGUUUAUGACUUUCCAUGUUCCUUCAUAGUUCAGUGGUAGCUCCAGUAGCUCAUGUGUGUCUGUUUGCACUUAUUCACGAAGAAGCUCUUUAAUCCUAACAGCUGUGAGCUCAUCCGUGACCCAUCUGAUGGUCCGACAUCAUCGCCGUGACGUCGCCCAGCGUAGAGACGAAAUGUUUGUGUUUUUGUCACGUUAGAUAUCUCUUUGAGGACAUUGGGCUUCAUCACGUUCUGGUUUUAGGAAUAGAUUCAUAAAUAGGUUUAGUUUGAAUUUAGACUUUUGUUAUUAUUAUUACUAUUACUAUUAUUAUUGUUGUUGUUUGCAUUAAAUGAGUGUGUGAAAGAGAGGAAAUGAACCGCUUAGAAAGACAUUGUGUCAAUUGUAGCAGCUCCAGGGAGCUCAUUAAACCAUAUUUCUGUCUUUAAUGUAUUGAACUGAGACAAAGUCUCUAAUAAAGAUAAUAUUGUUGUGUA